GUAUAUUAUAAUUCUGUUUGGAUGGAGAAACUCUGUCCAGCUUUCGAAAGGCUAUGCUGGCACGUCAUCAUCAAGUAAUUUCUUAUACCCAUAUGUUAACCCAUACUGCUGUGGUGUAAUGGUUGCAAUCCACAGCUCGCCAGUUCAAUCUCUCAGCGUGGCAGUUGAAACAGUGUGUGUUUGUCUGAAAUCAUUCUGCCUCUGUUCACCCAACAGUAUGAACGGAUACAUCAUAGUUAGUCGAUGGGCCGGUUGUGUGUGGUUGAGUUAAGUUUGGCUACUUUCCACCUCUUUAAAAACAUAUGUCCAGCGCCUCUUCUAGUAGAGACCCUUCCGCUCGAAGUGGUGUGGCCAAGAAAUUGCAGGGCUGCACCUUGGCCUCUGACUUCUGUCAAGGCACAGCCCUGCAAUGGAUGAAGGCCACCCGAAAAAAGUUCAGGUCGUGGGGGGUCAUUUGACCAUACGUCACCACGCCGGUCAGUGCGGUUUGGUGAAGAUGGGGAGCGUAGACGUGGGACCACAGGAGCAUGGGACAACUGAUUUUACUGCACUGCUGUUUUGCCACACACAAUUAAGUCCCGCAACAGGCCACAAUCCCUGUUUUAUGCACAGUGUUUGGUGGUCAAAGCACUAUCCAGCCUCAACUCUGCUUCACCUGCAAGAUCUGAUAAAAACCAGGGGCAUGCCGGGUGAUUUGGUUAUAGUCGUUUGCCACGUGUGUUUGUGUUUUAAUUCCUUCUGCAGGAACUUGGCCAUCUGCCCGAUCACAAGAGUCUGGGCCGGGGUUUGUUUUUAAAGCCGGCGCCGCCGCGGGGGUCUCACGAUUUCCCCCGGCUUCCCCCGAAGGACCGCAGUUGCAAUCUACGAGCAGGGGCCAUGUCCCAGACGUGGCACGAGGAGCGCUCGCAAUCACGGACACCACCUCGGGGCGAGCAGAGGCUCCGUCCGGCGACGUCAACGGUGGAGUGACCCCGACGUCGGUCGAGAUCCACGGGGCUCCAUCGACGGAGCGGUCCAGGACUGGAAUGUCGAGCGACGGCAGAGGUGGGGGGGGUGCUCGGAGACGACACGAUGUGGGCCCAGCGGCAAGCGCUUCCGAAGACUCCAUCCCGACGUUGGUUGGACUUCAAGGGCCCUCACCGGCGGAGGCGCGGUCCGACUCUCGUGAGGCGGCCACUGCGGGCAACGGGUUCCAGGUGCAAACUUUGAGCGGCGAGGACGGCGGAGCGGGGUCCACGAGAGACCGCUUGAAGAGACAGGUGCAGCAGCUGUGCGCGUUCCUGGAGGUGUCGGGGCAGGCGGAGGAGCUGGUGCUGAGGAGGAGUGGUCUGGACGGAGAGCUCUUCUCCCCGCUGUCGGUGGCCAUCGCGCGAACGCCAUCGUUCCUCUCCACCCUCAACCUGAACCUCAACGUCCUGAGGUCGCACGGCGCCCGGCUGCUCGCCACGGCGCUCGCCACGCAGAGCCGCCUGAAGACCCUGCUGUUGUUUGGGAACCAGAUGUGCGAUGACGGCGUCUGUGCUGUGCUGCAAUCUCUGACAUCGGCGAUCGCGUUGGGCGGCCGCCUGCUGGAGCUCGACGUGGGGGGGAACUGCCUGACGGGCGUCGCGCUGGGGGAAGUCGCCUCGUACCUCCGCACCAACACCGCCCUCACCGAGCUGGGCCUCUCCAGAAACCCAGACGUUCUUCCAGAGGACUGGGCUCCGCUCUUCGAGGUGCUGGCGCUGCCGGGUUGCGGGCUGGCGCGCCUGGCGCUGGAGGAGAAUCGGCUCGGCGAGCGGGGCGCGUCUCUGGCCGCCCGUGCCCUCGCGUCGAACCGCAGCCUACGGGCGUUGGAGGCCGAGGAGAGCGGCCUCGGCAGCCUGGCCGCCCUCACCGAGGUGCUGUCGGCUCUGCAGGCCAACACGGGCAGCCGGCUCGGCUACCUGUCCCUGGACGACUCUGUGGAACGGAGUGAUGAUGCUCGCCGCAUUUACCGGCAGCUCCAGCGCCUCACCGCUUCACGGGGUGGCCAGGUGGGGCCCGACCCCCCACCCACGGCUAGACGCGUGGCCACAGGCAACGCCGCGGCUGAAGGGGGGCCGUGAGGUGUGUGUGUGUGUGCCGGUGCGGAGAAGUGUGCACAGGUUAAGAUCUGCCUGCUGGGGGCAUUGACAAUACCGACAGCGGUAGCAAUGAGUUGUAUUCAUAUUGACCCUUUCCCGUUCCGAGACGUCAAGUUUGCAGGGUGGGUCCCUUUCACCUCUGAAUUUCGGAACGUGCAAGCGGUUGUGUAAAUUUUAUUUGAGAGGCGUAGCGCCGUUGUUUUAAAGACAUUGUUAUUCACUGCAGAGAAGCAUAGCGGCAUAACUAUACUCUAUAAUAGCUCGUAGGAGCCUCGAUAACGAUAAAGUUAUUUCAUUUUUUCUUCCGGUUUACUUUUGAUGUACACGUACGUCAUCGGAAUGGGAAAGGGUUUUGCAGACCAAUAUAAUCCAGCAUAAUUUAAGGAAUUUAAUUCUGCAGCGGUUUUGUAAUUUUUGGUUUCAUCAGUUCAGUCUGGCCUUUUAAGCAAAUGCUGCUGGGUUAUUAUCUUAUUGGCCAGAGUACUCCCCCUAUCAGGGGUGGGGAACGUCCGGGCCGCGGGCCGUAUGAGGCCCGCUAAAUCAUUUGGUCUGGCCCUGCCAAGGCAACCGCACGACUCGAAAUUCAAUAAAUCUCGGCGCUUUUUUAUAGCAACAUUUAUUUAAUUUUGUAUGGCCCGCGAAUGAUGUUAUAAAUAUCCAAAUGGCCCUUGGCAGAAAAAUGGUUCCCCACCCCCGAUUCUAAACGAUGGGGUACUGUCCCAAAGCUGAAAGCAAUAUUGUAUAAAAACUGGUUUUGCGUUGUUGCGUUACAUUAAAUGGAUCUGAGUGUGUUGAUAUUACACGUGCAACAAUGCAUCCAUGUAAAAUUAUCAUGCUCAUGAUGUAUGCAUUUUCUCUCGUGUCCUAGAAUUAUGCAUAAAUCACGCCAUAUGUAUGCAAAUGAUGUACUCAUAUAACAUUGAAGCAUAUGUAGCGUACAAAACUGUACAAAUGUAAUGUAAAAAUGAGAAAAAAUCUGAAUAAAAUGUUGAAAACAAGACGAAAAAUCACAUACGGAAUCAAAUGAUAUAUGAAUUCUUACAGGCCCAAUCCACAUACAGUAGUGAGAGCUGAUUUAAAACACUCAACAUUAGUGGCCUCGAGCAAGUGGUGGAUAUUUCACAUUCCCAUGGUGGGGCUGUUGCACUGUAAACAUGGGGAGGGAAUAGGGGCACCACGGUGGCGAGAUAUUAGCGACCUCACCUGGUGUACAGGAGGUCGUGGGUUCGAUCCCAAC